UCCGCCGCCGCCCCUCCCCGUUCAGCCCCCCUCCGCUCGCUCCGGAGAUCGGCCAUGUUGACUCUCGCGCUUGUUCCGGUAUCAGGCACGAGCGUUUGAGCAACUCGGCCGCAGUACGACACCGAUCCGCCUCCAGUGUAGCCCAUUUCUCCUCAGCCCCGAAGCCAAUCAUGGAUUUUACUACCUGACUGGAUGUUUCUCUUUGGAUACGAGCCCUCAGACGACUCCUUUCAUUCAAGAGCCUUUGGUCACCGGGAUCCCGUGAGUGGCGGAAAACGGUUUCGUGGAUCAUGAGGGUUUUUCGGGAUUUUUAAAUCCAUCUUAUGUCUGCUAACGUUAGUCCUUCAUUCUCAGCACUCACGGUUGAUUUUCUUUAAGGUUAUAUCCGCGUUCAGUCCAGCGCCGUUUGUUUCGUUAGCUCAAACUGACGGUUGAGGUAUUUGUUCACCUUUUGUUGACACUAAUUGUUUUGAAGGUCGGUAAAAUUGUGAUUUUUGGUUGGCCUAACACUUCAUAUCGCUCGCAGAGAGAUACUUUUCGUGUCCUCAUUCUCUGUCAUUUUUAAGACCUGGGAGGAAAUGAAUUGUUUUAAACUCUCGCUUAUUUCGUUGGGAAACAAAUAUAAAUGUAAGUCAGCUCCAUGUUAGUCUCUCCAAGAAGACCUUCAUAAAUCCUCAUCAAGGACCUGCUGUUUAUUUUCAACUGGAGACUUUAAUACAAGUUUUUUCUCCACAUAUGGACUGAUGUUGGGCUUCAACUUGUUGAUCUCUGUCUGCGUGGCUAGUUCAAGCUAGCUAGCAACACUGAUUACUUCUGUCAGAACAGACGAAUAGCCUGUAAAGGCAAGCUUAUAAAUGCUCGUCAACCACUAAAAACGAUUUUCCAUUUAUUUUCCCACCCGUGGCCUUGAUUUUGAGAAUACCUGGGCGAAAAUGACAACCCGAGGAGGAGUUGGUGUUAUAGAAAAUUCAUCCAGCCAGACUCACUCUGAUGCCAAAGGAGGAGGGCGUCCAAGUGUCCCGCGUGUUCGCAAUGUGGUGCCGACGGCGGAUGAAAACCCCCAUAUAGGAAAUUACCGACUGCUGAAGACCAUCGGCAAGGGCAACUUUGCCAAGGUUAAACUGGCCCGACAUGUCCUCACUUCUAAAGAGGUAGCAGUGAAAAUCAUAGACAAGACCCAGCUCAACUCUUCUAGUCUUCAAAAACUCUUCCGAGAAGUGAGAAUUAUGAAGAUGUUGAAUCACCCGAACAUCGUGAAGUUAUUUGAGGUGAUCGAGACAGACAAGACGCUGUAUUUAGUCAUGGAAUAUGCCAGUGGAGGCGAGGUUUUUGAUUACCUUGUUGCUCACGGGAGGAUGAAAGAAAAGGAAGCUCGUGCCAAAUUUAGACAGAUUGUCUCAGCUGUGCAGUAUUGCCAUCAGAAGUGUAUUGUACACCGAGAUCUCAAGGCUGAGAAUCUUUUACUGGAUGCUGACAUGAACAUAAAGAUCGCCGACUUUGGCUUCAGUAAUGAGUUUACGGUUGGCAAUAAAUUGGACACGUUUUGCGGGAGCCCGCCGUAUGCCGCUCCUGAACUCUUCCAGGGCAAAAAGUAUGACGGGCCGGAGGUGGAUGUGUGGAGUCUCGGGGUCAUACUCUACACGCUGGUCAGUGGCUCACUGCCUUUUGAUGGACAGAACCUGAAGGAGUUGCGAGAGCGUGUGUUGAGAGGGAAGUAUAGGAUUCCUUUCUAUAUGUCCACAGACUGUGAGAACCUGCUGAAGAAGUUUCUCAUCCUCAAUCCUACCAAGAGGGGAAGUUUGGAGCAGCAGAUCAUGAGGGAUCGCUGGAUGAAUGUAGGUCAUGAAGACGAUGAGUUGAAGCCCUUCAUUGACCCUCAGCCUGACUACAAAGACCCCAGAAGAACAGACAUAAUGCUUCUGAUGGGUUUCCCUCAAGAGGAAAUAGAGGACUCUCUCGUCAAACAAAAAUACAAUGAAGUCAUGGCAACCUAUCUGCUGCUUGACUAUAGGAAUUCAGAGCUUGACGAGGGUUUCAUCUUGUCAUUAAAGUCGCACCCAGGAUGUGACCUCACUAAUAGCAACGCCCCUUCUCCACCUCAGAAGGUACAGCGCAGCGUGUCAUCCACUCAGAAACCCGUCAGAAAAACCACAGAUCAGGGUGAGUUGAUUAGGAAGCCUCAGGGAGAAAACAAGCAUGGAGUGGAGGAUUCUGGGAGGAAAGGUUCAAGUAGCUCCACCAAAGUUCCACCCAGUCCAGUGAUCUUCAGUGAACGCAAAAAGAGUUCUACACCCUCUACUAAUAGUAUCUUGUCCACGGGCACAAGCCGCAGCAGAAACUCCCCCAUUUCGGACAGAACCACUCUGGGAGUACAAAACGGCAAGGACAGCCUGAGCACCCCCGGGUCCCGCGCCUCCACGGCUUCGGCCGGCGCCGUGCUCUCCUCAUCAGUCUCUUCCUCACGCAUCCGCCAUCACAAGUCACUCUCCACCUCUGCCCAUCCCUGUCCCACAGACCUGCACUCACACCGGCCCAGUGAUCCCCCACAGAGAGCACCUGGCGCUUCCCCAUCAGCCCACAAUAUCAGCAGCGCAGCUGGGACGGACCGUACCAACUUCCCCAGAGGGGUGCCCACCCGCAACACCUUCCACCUCGGCCAGCAGAGGGGCGCACGGGACCAACAGGGUUCGCCGUACCACGGAGCCCCCGCUUCCCCUUCCCUCUCCCAUGGAAACAGCCAACAACGACGACCCGGUGCUUCCGGGAUCUUCAGCAAGUUCACCUCCAAGUUUGUGCGCAGAAAUCUGUCAUUCAGAUUCCCCAGAAGGAGCCCCUAUGAGGGAGAGGGUCGAGAGGAGGGAAGCAGAACGAUGCUCAGCAGCGCAGAGAAGUCGGAGAAGACCAGUGUAGGGCCAGAAGACGACAACAAAGACUCCUCCUCCUCCCCGGGCGACGGGACUCCUCCGACAGCGCCCGUGUCCUCGCUUAAAGACCAGACGAAGCCUCGCUCGCUGCGCUUCACCUGGAGCAUGAAGACCACGUCUUCCAUGGAGCCCGGCGAGAUGAUGAAGGAGAUUCGGAAGGUUCUCGACGCCAACAGCUGCGAGUACGAGCUACGCGAGUGCUACAUGCUGCUGUGCAUGGCCGGCAAUCCCGCCCGUGACGACUUUGUGCAGUGGGAGAUGGAGGUGUGCAAGCUGCCCCGCCUCUCGCUCAACGGCGUACGCUUCAAGAGGAUAUCCGGGACGUCCAUUGCCUUCAAAAACAUCGCCUCCAAAAUCGCCAACGAGCUGAAACUGUGAGAGGAGAGAGAUGCGAAAGUAGCAUUUUAAAGUCUCUGAACAGGGAUGAAUGGAGAAUAUACUGCUCAAACACAAUCUGCUCGUAUGGGUAGGUACAGAGAGAGAUUUAAGAUCAGAUUCAUACAAACGGGGGGAAAAAUUGCACACUGGCCCUUCAAUCCUGCACAGAAUGGGGAUUCAGGUUUAGAAGGGUAAAAACUCUGCAGGUUCUUGUUCUGAAAAUGUUCAAUUCAGAGAGCCGACGGGUCUCGACACGGUUUGUUUCUGCAAUUCAUUUCAGUCUCUCGCACACAAACGCACCUAUUGCCUAUUGAAACAGACAGAGCAUAAAACGGCAAACUUGAAAGAGGGGUGGCCAUUGACUUCAGAAUCACAGGGUGGAGGUGGACAAUUAUGUGUGUGCCCCCUUCAGAGAGAAACACACACUCUAUCUGUGUUUAUUUCUUCCUCUUAAUCUAUCAACAGGGUUACGCCUCACCGUUGUUCAGUAAGGGCCAGCACACUUGAUCAAUACUGAGAGGACUAAAUUCUGGUUACGGUGAUUUUAUUUCUUAAUCGGCUGGGUUUAGAUUUGCUGCACUGGAAUGGGUGAAUUUCUGUUGCCUUUUUAUUUUCUUAAAGAAAUUAAAUGUGUUUCAUUGUUGUA